UUUAGCUGUCUCAAACGAAAGGAAGACCACAAUCGGUCUUGGGUUCGAAUCUGGAAACCCUAACAAAAGAAAGAAGAAGCUUCCCGCAUUUCAAAAAGAAGUCACGAUUUUCCCUCCAUUUUCUUUUCUCGUUGCAUAUCUAUCUCUUAACAGAAAUUCCACUACAAGUCGAGUGGCCGGGGCAAGUCGCGGUUCGUGUCUUACGGAAAGCUCUCUCCCGUUUCUCAGAUGCGUUGUGAUGUUGUGGAUAAAAGAGAAAGAGAAAAUGGAAGAACCCUUAAAAGGCAGGCCAGGAGUUAGGGUCUCUAUAUUUGAUUGUUCAAUAGAGAAUCAUUUUAGGGCGAUGGAUACAAUCUCUAAGCUUUGUGAAGAGCCUGAGAGUGAUGGUCCCGAUGAAACUGAUAUCCAGCGAUUCUCUUCUUCAAUCACUUUCUUAAGGGAAUGGAGGCAUUUCAAUUAUGAACCAAGGAUCAUUAAGUUUGCUAGUGAAGUAGGAGACUCACAGGGUAAAGAUGUUUCUGAUUGCAUACAGUUACCUCAAUUUUCAUCAGCAACUGUUCUCAAGCAACGGGAAGGACAAAAUGGAAAAGCAUCUCCAAAAUCCUGCAAGGACUUCGUGAUGUAUGUUGGAGGGUCUGUUUGGGCAUUAGAUUGGUGUCCUAGAGUUCAUGAGAAUCCUAACAGUACUGUCAAAUGCGAGUUCAUUGCUGUCGCUGCUCAUCCUCCUGAUUCUUAUUAUCACAAGAUAGGUACCCCACUUACUGGUAGAGGCAUCAUUCAAAUAUGGUGUAUGCUAAAUGUUGGGGUGGAGGAGGAAGAGGCUCCUCUUUCAAAGAAAAGGCCAAAAUGGAGAUCUCAAACUACAGAAGCCAUGGAGGAGAGCCCAUCAAAGAGGCCUAGAGGAAGACCUAGAAAGAAUCCAAUAGAUGAAUCUCAACCAGAUAAGGUUAAGAGGCCAAAAGGUAGACCUAGAAAGAAACCAAUUGGUGAAUCUCUUAAUGAUGAUCAGAAUGAACAGUCUUUCCUGCCUCUUGCUGUUCAGUACCCAGAAGGUUCCUUUAAGCCAGUUGCUAUAGACAGUGCACUUGGAAAUACACAAGAAAAUGCUCCAAAUAAGAGCCAUCAUGAAAAAGAAAAAGGUGAAAAAGAGGGAGCAUUUACAUCUGAUGCAACCCCUACGACUUCUGUGCAGAGUAGAAAAUUGAAAAGUAAGGUGCAGGCAAAAACUAAUACUCAUGGUAAAUGUCUCCCAUUAUUGACUCAAAAUGAAGAAACAAGAUCUUCUUCUACAAUAAACAAACAAAUUCACUACAACUCUGGGCAGGAAGCUAUGGUGCACAAUAAUAUUUUAGAUAGCAAUUCGUCGGAGACCCCAGGUUCUUCUAUUCCAAGGGAUAAUUCGUCGGAGACCCCAGGCUCUUCUAUUCCAAGGGACAUUGAGCUGCCAAGAACUGUCCUCUGCCUAGCACACAAUGGAAAAGUUGCUUGGGAUGUUAAAUGGCAGCCUUAUGACAUAAAUGAUUGUGAAUGCAAUCAGCGGAUGGGCUAUCUUGCUGUCUUACUGGGAAAUGGAUCUCUGGAAGUCAGGUGGGAGGUUCCUCUUCCUCAUAUGAUCAGCAUUGUUUAUUCAUCUUCACCUAAGCAGGGUACUGAUCCUCGCUUUGUAAAAUUGGAGCCAGUUUUCAAGUGCUCAAAGUUAAAAUGUGGUGAUGUACAGAGCAUCCCUUUGACAGUUGAGUGGUCAACCUCACCUCCAUACAAUUACUUACUGGCUGGGUGCCAUGAUGGAAUGGUUGCUUUGUGGAAGUUCUCUGCAAGUGGUUCACCUACAGAUACAAGACCUCUACUUUGUUUUAGUGCAGAUACAGUUCCAAUUAGAUCGGUUGCAUGGGCCCCAUCUGGAAGUGACAUGGAGAGUGCAAAUGUUGUUCUUACUGCUGGACAUGGAGGUCUAAAGUUUUGGGACAUACGUGAUCCAUUCCUUCCCUUGUGGGAUGUCCAUCCAGCACCAAAGUUCAUAUAUAGCCUGGAUUGGCUGCCAGAACCAAGAUGUGUUAUUCUAUCCUUCGAUGAUGGAACAAUGAAAAUGCUCAGCUUAAUUCAGGCAGCAUGUGAUGUACCUGUCACUGGAAAACCUUUCACUGGGACCAAGCAACAAGGACUGCACCUUUAUAAUUGUUCAUCCUUUGCUAUCUGGAAUGUACAAGUGUCACGAUUAACAGGCAUGGUUGCAUAUUGCGGUGCAGAUGGUAAUGUUACCCGCUUUCAGCUUACAUCGAAAGCAGUGGACAAAGAUUUUUCACGAAAUCGAGCCCCGCAUUUUGUCUGUGGAUCCUUGACUGAGGAGGAAUCUGCUAUUGUAGUUAACACUCCAUUACCAGAUAUUCCUUUGACGUUGAAGAAGCAGACUAAUGAUUAUGGAGAGAGCCCAAGAUCCAUGCGGGCCUUCUUAACUGAGUCAAAUCAGGCUAAAAAUGCCAAGGAUAAUAAGGCAAAAGUUCCAACUCCUGAUAAACGAACUUUAGCCCUUUGUUAUGGCAAUGAUCCUGGUGUGGAAUCUGAAUCUGAGGAAACCUUAACCUUGGCAGCUCUUAAAGGCAAAAUAAAACAAAAAUCAAAGAGUGACAGGAUGAAGAAAGCAGGUGACGAUCAAGCAUUGGCAGUCAGGAUUAAUGAACCAACAAAUACACAGAAAGAAGAAGCUGGGAAUGAAAUAGAAGUAUUUCCUCCCAAGAUUGUGGCGAUGCAUCGAGUGAGAUGGAACAUGAACAAGGGUAGUGAGAGGUGGUUGUGCUAUGGAGGAGCAGCUGGGAUUGUUCGAUGCCAAGAGAUUAUAGUGCCUGAUGUUGCUAAGAAAUCAGCAAGAAAAAGUUAAAAAGGGUUAGGAGCUUCAACAUUUUGGCAAAGUCAACUGGCAACGGUAACGUCCAUAUUCAUAAUAGCAGCCCUUCUUUUUCCUCUUUAUUUUCAUUCAAGAACCUCUUUGUCACAAGCUUUCAGACGACAAUAACCAUUUAGCUAACUAAAACAGAAACAAUGUUACAUAUGCCUUACAUCAAUGGUCAAUCGAUUAGAUAAUUAGAAAGGAAUAUUUACAGCUGAAGGUGUGCCUUGUUUUACUUGGAUUUGUGAUUAAGGGGGAAGAACAUGGUCAUCCUUAA